AACCGGAAACAGUCACCUGUUGGGAGUUUUGCAUUACAAUCACCUGUUGGAAGUUUAGGCUGGAUGGCAUUAGGUUAUAACUGUGUCUGAUCUACCCGGCUGUCCGCAGUGAUCCUGGGUACAUGAUGGAAGGACUACUGUUCCUGGGUUUUGUUGCAGUGAUUUCAGAAGCUGUUUCUGGUGAAUUUUACUCCCGGGAUAAAGUUUUACGCCUAAAGCCUGAAAAUGAACAACAUCUGCAGUUCUUAAGGAAUGUAUCUCAUCCUGAGCAGGUUGAUUUCUGGAAGCCAGCUUCUGCAGAGCUGGUGACUACAAACAGUACUGUGGACAUUAGGGUCCCUGCAGACUGGGUUGCCGAAUUGCAAAGUGAGCUGGAGAAGAUUGCAUUGAAAUUUGAGGUUUUAACUGAAGAUUUGCAAAUCUUGAUUGAGAACCAGUUUGACCAAAGAUCAACACGAGAUAUCCACCACAAUUAUGAAACUUAUCAUAGCUGGGAUGAGAUUGAAUCUUGGACUGGCAGAAUAGCAGAGGAAAACCCAGACCUAGUUUCACGGAUGGAGAUUGGAAAGACCUAUGAGGGAAGAAGUAUUUACCUGCUGCGGGUCGGCAACAAAACAGGUGCAGAGAAGCCUGCCAUCUUCAUGGACUGUGGAAUGCAUGCCAGGGAGUGGAUUUCCCCAGCCUUUUGCCAGUGGUUCCUGAAGGAGGUUGUUGGAAGCUACAAUUGUAUGCCCCUGAUAACUACACUUUUCAAUCAAUUGGAUUUCCUGGUUGUUCCUGUUGUAAAUGUGGAUGGUUACGUCUACAGCUGGACUAAGGAUCGAUUUUGGAGGAAGACACGGUCCAAGAACAGUGGCAGUAGCUGUGUGGGAACUGACCCCAACCGAAACUUUGAUGCCAAGUGGUGCACCACGGGUACCUCAACAAAUCCAUGCUCAGCCGUUUACUGUGGAACGCAUGCAGAAUCCGAAAAAGAAGUCAAAGCUGUUGCAGACUUCAUCCGUAACCAUAGUUCGAUCAUCAAGGCAUAUCUCACCAUCCACUCAUACUCCCAGCUCCUCUUGUAUCCAUACUCCUAUGACUUAUCUCUUCCAUUUGAUCACAAAGAGCUGGAUGAUCUAGCUCGGGAUGCGGUUAAGAAAUUACGAAGCCUUUAUGACACUAAAUAUAUCUAUGGCCCUGGAGGAAGCACAAUAUAUCUUGCGUCUGGGGGUUCAGAUGACUGGGCCUACGAUCUUGGCAUCAAAUACUCAUUUACCUUUGAACUCCGUGACACGGGCGUGUAUGGCUUCCUAUUGCCUGAGUCGCAGAUCAAGCCAACAUGUGAAGAGACCAUGUUGGCAGUCUACCAUAUCACCCAGUAUGUUCUUGACAACCUAUAUUAAACUUUUUAAAGAAAGGGCAAAGUUAAAGAUGGGUAUUGGGUGACUUUAAAGCUUAGGUUUAGAUUUAAAAGCAGUUUUGAUUUUGCUGGAGGAAAUGACUAAUGCAUCUUUGAAAAGUAUCAAGGAUACACUGGUUCAGUAGGAUAACAUUUAGAAACAUAGAAAACAUAGAAAUUAGGUGCAGGAGUAGGCCAUUCGGCCCUUCGAGCCUGCACCGCCAUUCAAUAUGAUCAUGGCUGAUCAUCCAACUCAGUAUCCCGUACCUGCCUUCUCUCCAUACCCCCUGAUCCCCUUAGCCACAAGGGCCACAUCUAACUCCCUCUUAAAUAUAGCCAAUGAAGUGGCCUCAACUACCCUCUGUGGCAGAGAGUUCCAGAGAUUCACCACUCUCUGUGUGAAAAAAGUUCUUCUCAUCUCGGUUUUAAAGGAUUUCCCCUUUAUCCUUAAGCUGUGACCCCUUGUCCUGGACUUCCCUAACAUUGGGAACAAUCCUCCUGCAUCUAGCCUGUCCAACCCCUUAAGAAUUUUGUAAGUUUCUAUAAGAUCCCCUCUCAGUCUUCUAAAUUCUAGAGAGUAUAAACCAAGUCUAUCCAGUCUUUCUUCAUAAGACAGUCCUGACAUCCCAGGAAUCAGUCUGGUGAACCGUCUCUGCACUCCCUCUAUGGCAAUAAUGUCCUUCCUCAGAUUUGGAGACCAAAACUGUACGCAAUACUCCAGGUGUGGUCUCACCAAGACCCUGUACAACUGCAGUAGAACCUCUCUGCUCCUAUACUCAAAUCCUUUUGCAAUGAAAGCUAACAUACCAUUCGCUUUCUUUACUGCCUGCUGCACCUGCAUGCCUACCUUCAAUGACUGGUGUACCAUGACACCCAGGUCUCGCUGCAUCUCCCCCUUUCCCAAUCGGCCACCAUUUAGAUAAUAUUUGCCUUGGUUUAAUUUUCCCUCAUCAGAUCAUAGAGUUCAGAAGAAAAACAUUAGGCUCACAGUGUCUGUGCCAGCUCUUUGAAUGAGUAAUACAAUUACCCUCAAUUUUCUUUGACGCAAGCUGUUAUUAUUAAGUGCUUGUCUAAUUCCCUUGAAAAUUGUUUGAAUAUUUCCUAUCACUGCACAUUCAGGCACCAUGUCUGCAUUAUAAUAACUUGGUUCUCCUCUGGUCUCUAUCCUUUUUGGCUUCCUGCUGGCGGAACCAAAGGCCUAUCUAAGCUAGGCCCAUUUGUCCACAUUUACCUCUAAUCCUUUCUGAUAUGUCCAUAUGUCUUGCACAUAAGUGAUAGGAGCAGAAUCAGGCCGUUCAGGCCAUUGAGUACUCCGCCAUACAAUCAUGGUUGAUUGAACUCUCCCUCCUAACUCCAUUCUCCUGCCUUCUCCCCAUAACAUCUGAUACCUGUAUUAAUCAAGAAUCUAUAUAUCUCUGCCUUCAAAAAUACCCACUGACGCCCUCCAUGGCUUCUGUGGCAAAGAAUUCCACAGAUUCACCAUCUUCUGACUAAAUAAAUUUCUCCUCAUCUCCUUCCUAAAAGAAUGUAGUUAGUUUUUUUAAUAGAAUGCGCGUUAGUUUUUUCAACUUUUUUUAUAUUUUUAGUAUGUUUUAAAGUAUGUUUUUGAUGUUUCUCGGUGUGUUUUGUGUGGGGGGUGGUAUGGGGGGACUGGUCUUACCUUGCCUUUGACUUUGUCCCUUACCAUCCGGACGCCACCAGCAACGGCUGCGGAGGGUGGAGGUCCCGACCACGGGUGAAAAUGGAGGAGGUCUGGCCAAGUUCUGUGCCUUUCACCACAGUGAUGAAUGCUGUGGUGGAUGUUUGUGUUAUAUUUUUUUAUUGUGGUUGUGUGUUCUUUAUUAUUGUACCGCUGCUGACAACCCAAAAUUCCACCGACCCUGGUUGUGUGGCAAUAAAUUCUAUCAAAUUCUAUCAAUCAAUGUCCUUUAAUUCUGAAGCUAUGAUCUCUGGUCCUAGACUCUCCCACUAAUAGGAAACAUCCUCCCCACAUCCACUCUAUCCAAGCCUUUCACUAUUCAAUGAGGUCCCCUCUCAUUCUUCGAAACUCCAGCGAGUACAGGCCCCGAGCCGAAAAACGCUCAUCAUAGGUUAACCUACUCAUUUAGAUAGAUAGAUAUGCCAUUUAUUGUCACUAUACAUGUACAGUGAAAUU